ACAAACCCCACCACGAAGAAACAAACAAAAGCAACCACUCUCUCAACUGACUCUGAAAGCUUCCCUCACUUAGAAAAUGAAACUUCCCUUUCUCUUCUCUCAUCUCCUCCUCCUCCUCUGUUUUCCUCUCUCUAACUCCGCCCCUCAUGACUACUUAGAUGCAUUGUCCAAGUGCAUCAUCUUCUUCGAAGGCCAGAGGUCCGGCCGUCUCCCACCCAACCAACGUCUCACGUGGCGUCGGGACUCAGCUCUAGCAGACGGUUCGCAGGCUGGGGUCGACCUUGAGGGCGGAUACUACGAUGCUGGGGAUAAUAUCAAGUUCGGCUUCCCGAUGGCUUUCACCACUACAAUGCUGGCUUGGAGUGUGAUUGAAUUUGGGAAUUUGAUGCCUCCUGAUGAGAUGAACAAUGCCAUGAUUGCAAUCAGGUGGGCCACUGAUUACCUACUCAAGACCAUCUCCCAGCCUGACCGUGUCCACGUGCAGGUGGGCGACCCACUUGUAGACCACAACUGCUGGGAGAGACCAGAAGACAUGGACACAGCUCGAACUGUAUACACCGUUGAUGUGAACAACCCCGGAUCCGACGUCGCAGGUGAGACUGCGGCCGCUCUGGCAGCCUCCUCGAUGGUGUUCCGAUCAUCUAAUCCAUCAUACUCUCAGACCCUCUUACAAAAUGCAAUUCGGACCUUCGACUUCGCAGAUAAUCAUAAAGGAGCUUACAGUGAUAAUGCAGGCCUUAAGCCAGGGGUCUGCCCGUUUUACUGUGAUUUCGAUGGAUAUCAGGAUGAGUUGCUGUGGGGAGCUGCAUGGCUGAGAAGGGCAUCUCAGAACGAUUCUUAUCUGAGUUACAUACAAAACAAUGGGAAGACACUCGGUGCAGAUGACAAUAUCAAUGAGUUUGGAUGGGAUAAUAAACAUGCUGGACUCAACGUACUUGUCUCCAAGGAAUUCCUUGAAGGGCAGGUGAUGUCUCUACAAUCAUAUAAAGAAUCGGCGGACAGUUUCAUGUGCACCCUCAUACCAGAAUCAUCAUCCUCACAUAUACAAUACACGCCCGGUGGCCUCAUAUACAAGCCAGGGGGGAGCAACAUGCAGCACGUGACCUCCAUCGCUUUCCUACUCCUCACCUACGCUAAUUAUCUUUCUCGUUCAUUCCAGACCGUCAAUUGUGGGAGUGUCAGUGUGGGGCCCACUUCUCUCCAAUCACAAGCCAAGAAGCAGGUUGACUAUAUCUUAGGGGACAACCCCAUGAGCAUGUCCUACAUGGUGGGGUAUGGAAAUAAGUACCCGCAACGUAUACACCACCGCGGUUCUUCACUGCCGUCCAUCGUGGACCACCCACAGUUCAUCGCUUGCAAGGAGGGCUCUACAUAUUUUAACUCCUCGGGGCCCAACUCGAAUAUUUUAGUCGGGGCGGUGGUAGGUGGUCCUGGAGAAGAUGAUGAGUACACGGACGAUCGAGUCGACUUCCGAAAGUCGGAGCCCACCACUUACAUCAAUGCGCCCCUAGUAGGUGUCCUGGCCUACUUCGUUGCAAACCCUAAUUAAAAAUAAUUUUAGAAUUCAUGUGGAGCAUAAAUCUAAAGAUAGCUAAACAAAACAAGUACAACCAAACUCACAAGAAAAUAAGGACAGUGAAGGACACAUUGGAAAGGUUUGAUUAGAUCAUGGUGCACAUGGAUCAAUGAUCUAGACCGAUGGUUUGGUAGGCCUCACUCUAGAUGGAUUAUACUCAAAAUUUCCUAAAUUAGGCGAUCGGAGCCACUAAUCUUGGGCCUUUUGUCGGGCGGAGAAUCAACGAUCCGGAUCACUCUAAAGGAUGGGGCCCACUUGUACAAACUGAAAUUCAUAUAAUAAUUGGUGGGUAGAACUCCCCUAAGUUGGGGGGUAAGAGAGAAGUUUAUUUGUUGUAGAUAAGGAUAGUUGUCGGCACAAGUCAUGGAAAAUGCAGUUGUGUAUAGUUAAAAUGACGAAAAUGCCCUCAAAUAUAAGAUGUAGCAAGCUCAACUCUGAUGGGCAAGAGUGUAAUUUAUCUCAUUGCAUGUUUGUUUAUGUCGUUUUUUGCAAGGGGGGCCUGAUUUUAAUGGUCUA